AUGAAUUUUCUUUUUUCAAAUGAUGAUGAUGAUGGAAACUUUGAUUCCUUUAUUACACAGAAUUUGAAACCAGAGCCUCCUAAAGAGAAACAAUCAAGCAAAAAAUUAUAAACUGCUUUCAAACCUAUAGAAGUCAAAAGCUAAUUUCAAUUCAUUUCCACUCCAAAACUAAAACCUAAUAAAGAUCAAGCCAAAACAUCCCUUUGGAAUAUUAUGUUACAACAUUUGAACUAUACUAAUCAAAUAAACAAUUUCAAUCAAGAAAGAUCAAAAUUACCUUAUCCUUUGAACUCAUUUUUUCUGUCUAAAAUUUAGGAAUAUAGAAAUCAAAAAAUUGAAGCAAUCAUAUGUGAAAUUCAUGAUGUUGAAGAAUUUGGAGAUACUACUGAAAUUACACUAAAGGAUCAAAGUGGUUCAUGUAAAGCUUCAAUAUUAUCCGAUCUAUUCACAGAUGAUCUAGAUGAUCUAAAUCCUACAAUUUAUAGUCCUGUUAAGAAAAUAUAAAAAAAGGAGGAUAUCUUGGUUUACUUAGAAAAUGUAACAGUCUUCUCUCCAAACGAAUUUUAGAUUACUAUUAUAAUUAAUAGAGCCAACUUAAAAUUAGCUAUUUUUUGA